GGUUAUUAGGAAGAAGGGUGUAGCUGAGGAAGACGAAGGAGAAACGAGGAGGGAGUCUCCAUAGCCAUCCAUCGUCAAGGAGAAGGAACGACGACGAAGCCACCAUAGCCAUCCAUCGGGAAUGAGAACGACGGCGCCAUAGCCGUUGGCAGGCAAGCUGAAGGCGGGAAAGAAGAAGUAGCCAUCUCCAUCCCCGUUCUUUCCUUUUUUCCUUUUUUUUAGUUAUUUUUUCUUUUCAUUAUUAUUUUUUUUUCCUUUUUAAUUAUUAUUUUUUAUAAGAAGAAGUAGCCAUCUCCAUCACCAUCUCCAUCGCCAUCUCCAUCGCCAUCUCCAUCGCCAUCUCCAUCUCCAUCUCCAUCGCCAUCUCCAUCGCCAUCUCCAUCGCCAUCUCCAUCGCCAUCUCCAUCGCCAUCUCCAUCGCCAUCUCCAUCGCCAUUCUUUUCUUUUUUCUUUUUUUUAAUUUUUUCCUUUUAUUAUUAUUAUUUUUUCCUUUUUUUAUUUUUAUUUUUUAAUUUAGAUUAUUAUUUUUUAAUUUAGGAAUCCUCCGAAAAAAUUCAAUCAGUAGAGGACUCCGAGAAGGCAAAAAGGAGGACUCCGAGAAGAUAUAUAUAUAUAUUUUUUUUAAUCGAAAAAAAAAGUUGAUCUAAAAAGAAAAAAAGUUUUAAAAACGCCAAAAUGACAAUGAGGGCGACAGGAGGAGGAAGCAAACUCAAGGUCGUCCGCUUCCCAUGACCUUAUCCCUCCCCCGGGGGAUGGUUCUCGAAGGAUGUUUUUUUGCUUGCCAGUGAUAAGCAACUGGAUUGGUGGUUCCUAGAAUAGAAGGGGCUGGGCUGUGUGUGUUUUGUGUGGGGAAAAAAAAAAAACGAAAAAAAAAACGAAAAAAAAAACGAAAAAAAAAACGGUGUGGCGGCAGGUAUGAUCUGGCGCGCUAUGAGGUGACUGAAUCAUCCUGGCCAUCAGUUCUAUCGACAGCCGGAGAUCGCGACCGGGCGGGACUAUGUUCCGGGUCACUAGGAUCGUCAUCGGCAAGCUCUAGGAGGCUCACACCUCACCUUCCACCUCCUCCUCCUCCUCCUCCUCCUCCUCCUUCUCUUCGUCUUCGUCCUGUUCUUCUUCAUCCUCAUCCUCCUCCUCCUUCUCCUACCCCAUCUCUAGAACGGGACUGCCUUUUCCUAAAAAAAAAAAAAAAAGAAAAAAAAAAARAAAAAAAAAAAAAGAAAAGAACGGUGGCUAUGGCGAGUACAUCAGCUAUGGCGGCCUGUUAUGCCGCUGGCGACCGGUCGCGAUACAGGAUCGUAGUUGCCGGGCCGUCGAAAGCGGCGUCCACAGGUCGCGCAACUGGCGACCGGUCGCUCUACGCGGUCGCAGUACGCACAGCCCGCAGAUACUCGGACGCUCGUCGUUGGCGUUGCUAUAUCUCUGGCGGCUAUGGCGGCUAUGGGGGUGCAUCGUCGACGAAGGACACGCUUCUUGGAACUGGCGGCUAUGGCGCCAAUGGAGUCGAUGGUGAAUGGUAUUCGUCUUCUUCCCGGACUUCUUGUCAGGGAAGAUGGGAGACUGGUCGCAGCAGACGAGGACCGGUCGUCGGCUUUGCUGCCAGACAUCCACUGGUCUCGACCGCGGCGAUGUCGGGAUCGGGACGAAGUUCCCGCCAUGACCGGCUAUCGUCGUUACUUACCGAAUUCGCCGAUUCGGAUAAGAAGUUAUGGUUUUGGCGGGAGAGUUUAGACCGCGGAUCACAGAGGAAGGUGGGAACGAAGAGGGAGCAUGUGCACGUGGCAGCUAACGCGCAAGCCCACGUGGAUGGUGCAGAUUCUGCAGAAAGCUAUCGGUAUUUCUCGAUAAAUAAAAAAAUAGGGAAAACAAAUUGUUAUUACUCGAUUGCUGGCCAUCGAUCAAGCCCCCAUCGGGCCGUUCAAUCUGGCGGGAAACUGAUGAGCGUCGGCGGUGGUGGCGCCAGCGGCGGCGGGGUUGCUACGAGCGCUGAGGAGGCGACACGUGUCAGUGAUCCGGCUCUUGAUGUGGCUAUGGCUAUGGCUAUGGUGGAGGAGGACAGCUCAAAGACGAGCAAGGCGGAAGCGUUCGUCGAAGCACUGGAAGAAGGAGAGAAGGUAAUUAAGGAAUUGGAACAGAAAUUGGCGGGAAAGAUGGGCAAAUUAGACGAUCUGCAAUCUCGGAUCGAUGGCCUGUAUAAUGCCACGUUCGCGGGGGUGGAGAUAAGAGUACCGAGAGAAGAAAAUAGGGAGAAGAAGUGGGAGAGAGAGGGAGGAGAAGUAGAAGUAGAGGCGGAGAGAGGUGGACAUGGCGAUGAAGAUGGCUAUGAGUCGAUGAUCUUUGAACAGAUGACUGAAGCUCAGUGGAGUGAAAUCGGACGGUCCAGGCCCAGACUCAUCAACGCCAUGAUUGAGUCGGUGGAGAAAAUAAAAUGGCAGAAUUUCCAGAGAGACGUACAUUCCCUGACUUUGACGAGAGAUCGAGUACGCCAGUUCAUGCACCUGGUCCUGCACCUGGACAAUCAAGGGUGCCAGGAGCCGCUCGACUUGGAAAUUGAUAACGAGGCUGGAGAUAUUGAGAGCAGUCCCAUUUUGAAAAGAGCUCAAGCCAACAUUGUACUUAUCUCGGGGUUUGAGUCAUUCAAUGUAGGGCUCUACAAAAAGGCAGCAGCUUUGAUCAAAUCCCGCUGCCCAGGUAUCAGGCUUUCAGUGUUCAGUGACCGGGAUAUCGACAGCAGGCGGAAGGAGGUCCAGGCCGCUCUGGUGAAUGCAGAUGCUUUCUUUGGAAGUCUCCUUUUCGACUACGAUCAGUGUGAAUGGCUUAAGGAGCAAGUUAAAAAUAUCCCUAUCCGACUUGUGUUUGAGUCUUCUUUGGAGCUCAUGGCCACAACUUCCCUUGGAAGUUUCCAGAUGGGUGGCCAGAGGAAGGGAAUGCCAGGUCCGGUGAAAGCUGUACUCUCAAAAUUUGGAGGCGGCAAGGAGGAAGAUAGAUUGGUUGGAUACUUGAGUUUUUUGAAAAUUGGGCCGAAGCUGCUGCGGUUUGUUCCCGGCAAGAAGGCGCGGGAUCUCCGAAAUUGGCUCACUGUCUAUGGCUAUUGGAACCAGGAGUACUUGAGAUGGUAUCGCUCCCAAAACCGCCUCCCUCGGGAUGCACCUGUUAUUGGUUUACUCUUGUACCGCAAACACGUCGUCACAGAGCAGCCGUACAUCUCUCGGAUGAUCAAGAUCUUUGAGAACGAAGGCCUUCUACCCCUGCCAAUCUUCAUAAAUGGGGUUGAGGCGCACACCGUCGCCAGAGACCUCCUCACCAGCAAACAUGAAAAGAUUACAGAUGGCAGAUCCUAUCUAGCCUACUCUACGAUGCCGCUGAUGACGUCAACGGCUCCCCGAAGUACGAGCAGAUCCCGGCCAACGCCGUACGCUUCAAGCACCAGUUACAAUUUGGGCGACCUUCCUGAAGAUUUCAACGGUGAAGAUUUGAUCAUCGCUCUCCAAGAGAUGGACCAAAGCCAAGUGGUUUAUGCUGGAGAGAAAGGGCCUGAACUGGCAUUGACCAAUGCAGCACAGAGGGCAAAGGAAAACGGACGUGAGCUUCCGAAACUUACUCUGAAUGCACAUACCAUAGAUUGGCGGCAGCUUCGCAGCUGGAUUGGACCUGUCCUCCUGUCGAAGGUGGAGAAGUCGUGGGGGGAGCUGCGACGAUAUAAGGGAAUCCGAACGGAUGCAGAGGGCCGGAGCGUCGUGAGUGGAUUACAGUUAGGAAAUAUCUGGAUUGGGGUGCAACCAUUGCUAGGGAUAGAAGGCGACCCUAUGCGCCUCUUGUUCGAGAGGGACCUCACUCCACACCCACAGUACGUGGCAUUUUACAAAUGGCUGCAAAACGAGUACGAUGCCGAUGCAGUCAUCCAUUUUGGAAUGCAUGGCACCGCGACUCUAUUCAUACAGCCUUGGGAGUUUGCUUUGUUUUUCCAAAAAUGGCAGAUCCUGUCUAGCCUACUCUACGAUGCCGCUGAUGACGUCAACAGCUCCCCGAAGUACGAGGAGAUCUCGGCCAAUGCCGUACGCUUCAAGCACCAGAUAAGCGAAUACCGAGAGAACCCAGAAGCUAAUGAUGCUCUGAAGGGUUCUAUUGUUGGCGUUCUCGAGACCAGCGGACUGCAGGGAGAUUGUCCUUUCAUUGAGGCCACCGGGAACCAGCCAGCCGUGAUGUUGACUGAAGAGUCUGUUCAGACCGUCGGCCAGGAUGAGUUCAUCGGAUACAUGAAAAGAUUGUACGAGUACUUGCAAAUUGUGGAGAAUCGUCUCUUUUCGGAAGGCUUGCACUCUUUAGGGACUCCUCCAUCAAGCGAGCAGAUGGAGCAAUAUCUCUCAGCAUACUACGGGGAAGACCUGAGCGAGGAGGCGGUGAGGGCGGUGGCAUUGGCAGAGGAAAAGGGUGGGAUAGCAGAGGUGAGGAGGAGACUAGAGAGGAUCUGGGUCCAGGACGGUGUGCCAGCCGUCCGUACGGAGGAGAUGGAUCGACGGCUGGAAGAGGCAGUUGCAAUCAGGGACCUUCUGAGGCAAAACACAGAGGAGAUAGAAAGCCUGAUCCGAGGUUUGAACGGAGAUUAUGUACUCCCAGCGACUGGCGGAGAUCUUCUAAGGGAUGGGCCGGGCGUGUUACCCACGGGGAGGAACAUCCAUGCACUAGACCCCUAUCGAAUGCCCUCUGCAGCAGCAUGGGAGAGGGGUUCCGCCAUAGCUGAAAAGAUCAUUGCUCAGCACCAAGAAGGCCAGCCUGAAGGCACCGACAGCAAGUACCCGGAGACUGUUGCUGUGAUGCUUUGGGGUUUAGAUGCAAUCAAAACGCGCGGGGAGUCCGUCGCCAUCGCUGUGGCACUGGUUGGAGCUCGCCCGGUUAAGGAAGGCACAGGGAGGAUCGUCAGGUUUGAGCUGAAGCCCUUGGAGGAGCUGGGACGACCAAGGAUCGACGUCCUCGCGAAUCUGUCGGGAAUCUUUAGAGAUAGUUUCUCGAAUGUUGUGGAAUUGCUCGAUGAUAUGUUUGAAAGGGCCGCAGAGGCCGAUGAGCCUCCGGAGAUGAACUUCAUCCGCAAGCACGCCUUGGAGCUGAAGGCCGAAGGAGUCGAUUCCUCUACAUCUCGCAUCUUUUCCAACCCUGCCGGCGACUACGGGUCCAUGGUAAAUGAAAGAGUGGGUGCAGCCGACUGGGAUAAUGGGGCAGAACUGGGUGACACGUGGAAGUCACGCAACGCAUUCAGCUAUGGCCGCGGUGAAAAAGGCGUUGCUAGGCCGGAGGUUCUCGACAAGCUGCUUCAGACCACCGACCGUAUUGUGCAAGAGAUCGACAGUGUCGAGUACGGUUUGACAGACAUCCAGGAGUAUUACGCAAACACAGGUGCGAUGAAGAAAGCAGCGGAGACGGCAAGAGGGGAGGGCGGGAAGCCCGUGAAGUGCAGCAUCGUUGAGACGUUCGGCAAGAAUGUACAGCCACGAGAUCUUGAAUCGGCGCUCAGAUUGGAGUACCGAGCCAAGCUCUUGAACCCCAAAUGGGCCCAAAAGAUGGCCGACCAAGGCUCGGGAGGUGCCUACGAGAUAUCCCAGCGAAUGACAGCGCUGCUUGGGUGGAGUGGGACUACCGACUUCAAGGAGAAAUGGGUCUAUGAUCAAGCUGCCGACACGUACGCAUUGGACGAGGAGAUGGCGGCCAAGUUGCGAAAGUCCAAUCCGCAGGCAUUCCAAAACACUCUCAAGCGAAUGCUCGAGGCUGCGGGAAGAGGAAUCUGGAAGGCGGACCCUGACAAACUUGCAAAGCUCCAAGAACUCUAUGCUGAUAUAGAUAAUGAGAUCGAGUCCGUCCAGGUACGGAGGCGAUGAGCACGUGAAUCAGGUCCGAAUGUUUGUAAAGAUGACGACUUGCAAAAGCCGAAUGCUCGACGCUUGCAGGAAGAGGGAUCUGGAAGGCAGACCCUGACAAACUUGCAAAGCUCCAAGAACNUGCUCGACGCUUGCAGGAAGAGGGAUCUGGAAGGCAGACCCUGACAAACUUGCAAAGCUCCAAGAACUCUAUGCUGAUAUAGAUAAUGAGAUCGAAUCCGUCCAGGUACGGAGGCGAUGAGCACAUGAAUCGGGUCCGAAUGUUAGUAAAGAUGACAACUUGCAAAAGCCGAAUGCUCGAGGCUUGCAGGAAGAGGGAGCUGGAAGGCAGACCCUGACAAACUUGCAAAGCUCCAAGAACUCUAUGCUGGUAUAGAUAACGAGAUCGAGUCCGUCCAGGUACGAAGGCGAUGAGCACGUGAAUCGGGUCCGAAUGUUAGUAAAGAUGAUGACUUGCAAAAGCCGAAUCCUCAUGCAUUUCAAGAAGGACAUUCUCAGACGACAGCGAGCUCGAGGCUGCAGUUCGAGGGAUCAACGUAUGACGAUCUAGACGAUGAGCGAUCGAGUAGAGUCCAUCCAGGUACGGAGGCCAUGAGAGCUGCUUCGAUAAUCGGAAUCUCAGGAAAGAUGAUGCCUUGUGAAAGUAAAGGCAUUCCAUAACAUCCUCCAAUGAAUGCUUGAGGCUCUGCGUCUUUCCAGGAGUCCUGCUACCAGCGUUACUCUUGGUAGACUAAGGAUCUCGCCGCACGGCACAAGAAACGAAAACGAAACGAGUGCAUCUGGCCACGAAAGGAGGCAAAAUACACUCUUUACUACUUAUAGCAAACCGACGAACCUGGCCAUUUUCUGCAGGAAAAUGCACUCGUUUCGUUCUUUGUUUCGUGUCCCAUGCGGCGAGGCCGAACGGGCUUGCCGGAUCCGGUCCAAAUUCAUUCAAGUGGAAACGUUGUGGCUCUAUUUUUCGCCGCGGCCUUUUUCGCCGCGGCCUAUGUAUGGGCGAAGCACUGGCGGAGAGUUUGUGUUCUAUCAAUGAAGAAGAAAGAUCUCCAUGCCCUCCCCGGAGCUUCUUCGGAGGAAGGCUGUUGUUCGUCGGCGGAAUCUGGCUGACCCUCUUUGCUGCCUGUAAGGGUUGUUUUCCCUUCCCCGGCGGUUAUAAUGGCCUCCAUGUCACAACCUCCUAAGUUCCUUACAUCCCGUGGCCGCGAUACUUGUACACUAUCUGUCACUGAGAAAUACUUAGGCUUACGAUGGUGGUCCCCCACAUAAUUCAAACGCGGCGCGUUUUGCGGAAGACGAAUCUGGAUAAAGGUGGCACCCAACAAACUUGCAGACACUCAGAUCCCCAGGCAUAAUUCCCAAACAGUCUCACGAAUGCCGGACCCACAGGAAGAGGGGGGGAUCUAGGAUCUAGACAGCAAAGUCGAACCAAUUUGCACCAACGCUCUGCGAACUGUCUUCGUCUUCUUCUUUUUUCUUUUUUUUCCUUUUUCAGCGAAACUGUAUGCUGAUCUAGGCAAUCAGAUAGUCCAUCCGGUUCUGGCGGCGGUGAGCAUUCAAAAUUUCAAAUGCUGUAAAUUUCCGUAUGACAAAAUUUGUAAUCUCUGUUUACAAGUAAGUAGUUGACUGCUCCAUCACAAUUUCACAAACCGAUCUCACUCACCCCGGCGGCGGAGACGGAUGCGUUUUUUUUUCAUGAGUAAGUGCUAAGUGCUAAGUACUACAUUAGAAAUCCAUCUCAAUAUAACAGCAGAGACGUGUCUUCUGUUGACUCUUUUUGCAUUCAGCUGCUCUGGACUAGAGAUUCGCUAUUCGCUACGAAGUAGA